UGGUGUUCGCGUCCGUCAAAAAUGUCCGUCGAGGAGCGUUCGAUUCCGAAACAAAAAUCAUGUUCUACAGUAACCAAAUAUGUGCCGGUUGUCGGCUGGUUACCGCAAUAUACUCGAUUGCAGGCUGUGUCGGAUCUCAUAGCGGGCAUUACUCUGGGUUUGACCAUGAUCCCUCAGAGUAUGGCUUACGCUGCAUUGGCCGGUCUUACUGCGCAGUAUGGCUUGUACUCUUGUUUCGUGGGUGGCUUUGUAUAUGUUUUUUUCGGAACCAUCAGAGAGGUCUCGAUUGGUCCUUCGUCUUUGAUGGCUCUUAUAACACUUCAAUAUACACGAGACAUGCCAGUGGAUUUCGUAGUACUCUUAUGUUUUCUGGCUGGAUGCGUAGAAUUUUUAAUGGGUGUUUUACAUUUAGGUUUCAUAGUGGAUUUUAUUUCGAUGCCAGUUACAUCAAGUUUCAUAUCAGCGACCUCAGUCAUUAUAAUUAUUGCUCAGCUGCAGGGUCUUCUAGGACUCAAAUACAAGUCAGCUAAUAUUGUAGACAACAUAUACAAAAUGUUUAAGAACAUUAGUCAAAUACGGCCGACCGAUCUCACACUUGGAAUUUGCAGUAUUAUAUUUCUUCUAUUUUUUAGGAAAAUGAAAGACAUUGAUUGUUUCUCGAAAAACGAAAAAAAUCUUUCUAGAAAUUCUACGAUAAAGAAGAUACUGUGGUACUUUUCCAUCGGCCGAAACGCUUUAAUUGUGUUCAUAACUACGACGAUAGCUUAUCAUUUUGAAACAACAGGAUCCGCUCCAUUUAGACUUUCAGGGAAAAUAGAAUCCGGCCUUCCUGCAAUAUCAUUACCGCCUUUCUCGUCACAAGUAGGGAAUCAGACUUAUACAUUUCUCGACAUGUGCACCUAUUACGGAUCAGGAAUUGUAAUACUUCCUCUCAUUUCGGUUCUGGCUAAUGUAGCGAUAGCCAAAGCAUUCGCGACCGACGCUGUUAACGCGACGCAGGAAAUGCUGACUCUCGGUCUCUGCAACAUAUUAGGUAGCUUUGUAUCAGCGAUGCCAAGUACCGGAGCAUUCACACGAAGUGCAGUCAGCAGUGCCAGUGGCAUACAAACACCAAUGGCCGGUAUAUAUUCCGCAACUAUGACAUUGUUGGCGUUGAGCUUUCUGACGCCGUAUUUUUAUUACAUCCCACGUGCAACGUUAUCGGCAGUGCUGAUAUGCGCCGUGAUGUUCAUGAUCGAUUUCAAGAUCAUAAAAUUGCUCUGGAAAGGAUGCAAAACAGACGCAUUUGCUGCGAUAGUAACCUUCUUGGUUUGCGUUCUUGUCAGCGUCGAAAUCGGGCUUCUUCUGGGCGCUAUUCUCAAUUUGAUCUUUUUUAUCCGACCGUCUGCAAGACCGGAGAUACACGUUGCCAACUGCAAAACUCAUUUAGGAAAUGGAUACAUAAUGUUAAAGCCCGAUACGUGUCUCUAUUAUCCCGCAGUGGCGCACUUCUGCGACAAAGUAAUGAAUGUAGCCAGAACCGAACAAAACGAUGUCCCCUUGAUCGUAAAUUGUGAAAGAUUUACUAAUCUCGAUUAUACUUCCAUCAAGACUAUCGAAAUGCUGUCGCGAAGAUUAAACGCGAAAGGUAAUCGAUUCUGGUUGUUCAAUCUCAAUCCCGAAAUUGUUGAAAGUAUUGCUGCUCUCGCCGAUAACAAGUAUAUUCGUCUGAUCGAAAAUGAAAAUAGCAUCGCAGAUUUUCUUUAUGAUAACACACCGACAAAAGAAUUCGAAGAAUUUACAUCCAGGAAGAAAUCAAGAGAAGCGAGAAAAGAUGCAUUGUAUUCGAAUUCGCUUCAAGCAGAUUCCGAAUCAAAUGCUGAAGAAAUGGCUUUGGUAAUAUCAUCUGAAACCAAAACACGGCAAUAACAACUUGAUUUAUUUUUUGUUCGACCUGAAAUCAUACUCAGACAAGACUGAAAAAAAAUAUUUUGAGGAUAAUAUAUUACGUAUAUUAUGUUGAAAUAGAAAUAGAAUGUUGUCAGCAUUUAAAAUAUAGCCUGUUAUUUUAUCUAGUUGCGAGAAAGACAAAAAUCGAAUGAGAAUAAACUAUGUUCACGGCAUGAAUGUAAAUAACGUUGCAACAAUCAAAUAACAAUCAAACAACUGUCUCAAAAUCAUAUAAAUAUAUACAUAUAUAAUUAUAUAUACUUAUUUAUAAGAUAUCUAAAUUUGUUCUUAUAUGCAAGAUUUUUUUCUCUGAUAGUUAUGCAACAAAGUCACGCACACACGAUGCGCAACACACCGUACUUCCACAUUUUAUAUAUGUAUAUUUAUAUUAUAUUUAUAUUACUAGACAAAACUAAGAAUUGUGAGACGAGAAAUAAGAGUUUUAACUCAGUAACAGUUGAACCGAUUGGCUUCUCUUUAGUCUUAAUCGAUUAAAAAAUAAGAACAAUUACACAAAGACAAAUAGUAGACUCAGUAAAAUAAUACAAAAAUGCUUUCUUAUCUUGUUUUUCUAUGUGAUCUUUAAAUAAAAAUUCACGAUAAAAUGUGAAACAUCUCGAUUCAGUAAGCAAAUAAGAAAGAAAGUAAAAGACGUCAUUCAACACUAGGCAGAGAGAAAAUAUUUUUUUGCAGAUUAUUCUUGAUACGAAUAACAUUAAAGAUUAAAUACCAGAUUAUACUGCAAUAUAUUUCACAAUUUGUUGAAUGUGCGCAUUAAA